GGGACGAUACAGUCUCGGACAUCUCUAUAGUGUCUCCUAUGCCCGCCCUUGACGUCUCCUACACUGCCUACCUCACGCCAGACGUCCUUACGCCCACUGCCAUACCGCCUUCACCGGCCACGUCGCGAGCCCCGUCGGCGGGGGAAAUCUGGGACUUCGACGACGAGGAAGCCUACGUCCAGCACAACCCCUUGUAUUGGCUGGUUCCGGAGGCCCAUGAACAGCCUGAACCGCGAGAGCGCCCCGUUGCCCCUGCCCCCCACUAUUACCACCCCCACCCCCAUGCUCCCCUACCAGACACAUACAUUGGCCACAGACCCGCCCACAAGCCCGCACCCAGGUGGCCGUCUCCGUAUGGAAGAGGGCGCGCUUCCCCUGUAUCAUAUCUGCACCGUCAGGAAGAGCGUGGGCGGGGUAGGGGUGCAUCUCCAGGUACGCACGCAUAUUUGCGUCUCUCGCCCAUCAGCGAGAACUCCCAGUCGACCAAUGUCGUUACCUACGCCGAUGUACACACGCAGGAACGCCCCCACCGCCAGCCACGCGGUCGGAGUUUCAAACCGUCCCCGCCACGGAGGCAUCGACUGGCCGCGCAAAGGAAACGUUCCAACAUCCGUAUAUUCGACUUAAAGGACGAUGCCCGCUUUGUUUACAUCGUCCACGCCCUUAUACAGGCCUUCAUUUGCAUCGAACAGGAUCUGCAGAGUGAGAUCGAGUCGCACAAAGAUGUGCUGGCGAGCCUCAACGCGACGGGCCAGAAGCUCCUGGGGACGCUGGAGAACCAGGAUGAGGCGGUGAUGCUCCAGCGCCGCCUGGAGGAGAUGAACCAGCGAUGGAACACUCUCAAGCACAAGAGCAUCGCCAUCAGAAAUCGCCUGGAGGGCAACGCCGAGAACUGGAACUCACUCCUGCUGUCCCUCCGCGAACUGAUCGAAUGGGUGAUCAGGAAGGACACGGAGCUGACCGCCCUGGGCCCGUUAGUGGGUGACCUAAACGCCCUUGCUAAAUUCUCCGAUGACCUCGCAGCCUUUAGGAGAGUGAUCGACGAAAAGCAGCCUGUUAUUGAGUCGAACUUGAAGAGCGGGCGGCAGCUCAUCGCCUCGGAGCCUCCAUUGAGUGAUACCAGUGAUAGCGAAGCUGGUCGCGAGCUGGACGGCGACGCCCGAUACCGGGGCGACGAUAACGCCCGAGACCUGACCCGGGCCGUCCGCCGGGAGGUCGCCAAGCUCUCGGAGAAGUGGGCCGCACUCAGGGAGAGGGCCGCCGCCGCCAACGCCCAGGCCGACCUCGCAUGCAAG